AUGCUCUCAUCCGCUUUCAAGUCCAUCCGGGCUCGUAAUGGUGCUGCUGCCUCGGCCGUUUCAACCCAGGUUCGCACAUACGCUAAGAAGAAAUCUGUUGAGACUUCCACUGCUUUUGUCGAAAAGUACGCUCACUACCAAGUCCCUACUUACUCCCGCCCUAACACCGUUAUGGAGCGUGGUGAGGGCUCUUUCCUUUACGAUACAGAUGGCAAGAAGUACAUUGAUCUGACUGCUGGUAUUGCUGUCAAUUCUCUUGGCCAUUGCCCUCCUCUCGUCACAUAUACUCUUAUGAAACAAGCCUCGACCCUUGUGCAUUCUUCUAACAUGUACUACAACAAGACUGCUCCAAUUCUUUCCGAAAAGCUUGUUGAAGCUACCAUCAACUCUGGAGGCAUGAAGGAUGCUACCGCUGUUUUCUUGUCCAACUCGGGUACCGAGUCUAAUGAAGCUGCUCUUAAGUUUGCCCGCAAGUACGGUAAGAUUGUUGGCAAGGGUGGUGAAAACACUAAGAAGACUGGUCUUGUUUCCUUCAAGGGUGCUUUCCACGGUCGUUCCUUUGGUGCUCUCUCCAUGACUCCCAACCCAAAGUACCAGGGUCCCUUUGCUCCCCUUGUCCCCGAUGUUACUUACGGUGACUAUAACGACAUUGCUGGUCUUGAAACCCUCAUCACUGAGAACACUGCUGGUGUCAUUGUCGAACCCAUUCAAGGUGAAGGUGGUAUCAAUGUUGCCGACCACGAAUUCUUAAUUGCCCUCCGCAAGCGCUGUGACGAGGUCGAUGCCAUUCUUAUCUUUGAUGAGAUUCAGGCUGGUCUUUCCCGUACUGGUAAGCUUUGGGCCCACUCUCACGCCGGCCCUGAGGCCCACCCCGAUAUCAUUACCUGUGCUAAGGCUCUUGGUAACGGUUUCCCCAUUGGCGCUGUUAUCGUCAACUCUAAGGUCAACGACAUUAUCAAGGUCGGUGAUCACGGCACUACUUACGGUGGCAACCCUCUCGCUGCUGCCGUUGCCAUUGAAGUUCUCAAGGAGCUGACAUCCAAGUCUCUUUUGGACAAUGUUGCUGUCCGUGCUCGUACCAUUGAGCAGAAGUUUGACCAGAUUAUUGAGGCUUACCCCAACCUAGCUACUUCCCGUCGUGGUGUUGGUCUCAUGCAGGGUCUUCAGCUCACUAUUGAUCCUUCACACGUUAUUUCCAAGGCUCAUCAGAAGGGUCUUUUGCUUCUUUCUUGUGGCAAGAACACCAUCCGUCUUGUUCCUCCUCUCAAUAUCCCUCACCCCACUCUUGUGAAUGGUCUCUCAAUUCUUAAGAAGAUUUUCAAGGAGAUUGACAACGAUAUCAAUGGCAAGAUUUAA